GUUGCAGACGUCAUCAAGAUGCUAUAUUGGUAUUGUAUAUAUUGCAUUUUGUAGAAUGUCUUGUUAAAAUCAAAAAAGUUUCAUAGAAUAUCACGGAAAUAUAUGUACACAAAUAUGGUACAUGUACAUAGAAUGUAUAAUAUUGUACUUUUUAUCUGUUUAUUCGUCGGAAGUAUUAAUGGUUUCGUGAUAAAUUCCGAAACUACCUCAGAAGAAAAUUUUAUCAUUCCUCACUAUACACACUAUGAUGAACUCAAACAGUUGUUCAGUUCAUUGGUUGAAUCAUAUCCUAAUUUGGCAAAAGUGUCUUCUAUUGGAAAGUCUGUGGAAGGUAGAGAUUUAUUAGUUUUUGAAAUUUCUGAAAAUGUUAGAGAACGAAAAUUGUGUGAACCAAUGGUGAAAUAUGUUGCUAACAUGCAUGGCGAUGAAGCUGUUGGUAGAGAAUUGUUAAUUUAUCUUGCUCAAUACUUGCUUCAUAAUUAUGGAAGAGAUGAAAGAAUUACAAAAUUAGUUAAUAACACUGAUAUUUUUCUUAUGCCAUCAAUGAAUCCUGAUGGUUUUGAAAAAUCAGAGGAAGGAAAAUGUGAAUCAAAAAAAGAUUUUUCAGGACGCGAAAAUGCAAAUCAUGUUGAUUUAAAUAGAGAUUUUCCAGAUCAGUUUAAUCUGAGAACUAAUCAUCUUCAAAAAAGUGGAAGCAUAUUAGAUGGGCGUCAAAAUGAAACAAUAGCUAUGAUGACGUGGAUUGCUACAGAACCAUUUGUAUUAUCAGGAAAUCUUCAUGGAGGUGCUGUUGUGGCUAGUUAUCCUUAUGAUUCUGGAAUUUCAUCUCCUUGUUGUAUUGAAAGUAAAAGUCCGGAUGAUGAAUUGUUCAAAUAUUUAGCUCAUACAUAUGCUGAUAAUCAUCCACAAAUGCGAGCAGGUAAUGCAUGUCCUUCAGAUGUUUUUCAGGGUGGUGUUACUAAUGGAGCAUAUUGGUAUGAAGUUAUUGGAGGAAUGCAAGAUUUUAACUAUGCUCGUUCUAACGCAUUUGAAAUAACAUUUGAACUUAGUUGUUGUAAAUAUCCGAAUGCUUCCACAAUGCCAGAGCAUUGGAGAUUGAACAAAGAACCUCUUAUAAAAUAUCUUGAGCAAGCACAUAUUGGAGUGAAAGGUGUUGUAAGGGAUAUAGAUGGUCAACCAAUAGAAACAGCAUCUAUCAUUGUAGAUGGAAUAAAUCACAAUAUUUAUACCACACAUCGCGGAGAAUAUUGGCGUUUGUUGCUUCCUGGAACCUAUCGUAUUCAUGCAGAAGCAUGGGGAUAUCAACCGAGUGAACCAAUAAAUGUUACUGUAGAUUUAGAUAAACCAAUCAUACUUAAUUUUACUUUAAAACAGGACACCUAUAAUGAUCAAGGAAACUUAAAUGGAAGUGAAAUUGAAGAAAUUAUAAGACCUAUAGAUAAAUACGGAUUUUUCCAAGAUACAAAAUUUGAACAUCAUAAUUAUGUAGCGAUGGAAAAAUAUUUAAAGGACUUGCAUUCAAAUUAUCCAAAUAUAACAAGGCUUUAUAGAAUAGGGGAGUCUGUUAAAGGACGCCAAUUGUAUGUCAUGGAAAUAACAGAAAAUCCUGGAAAGCACAAUCAAAAUAAACCAGAAGUAAAGUACAUUGGCAAUAUGCACGGAAAUGAAGUAGUUGGAAGAGAAAUUUUACUACUGUUACUUAAAUAUCUUUGUGAAAACUUUGGAAGCGAUGAUAGAGUUACGAAAAUAUUAAAAAAUGUUAGAUUGCAUAUCCUACCAAGCAUGAAUCCAGAUGGCUAUGAAAUUUCUAAAGGGGGUAUAUAUGGAACCCGGGGAAGAGCAAAUGCUAAAGGUGUUGAUCUUAACAGAAACUUUCCUGAUCAAUAUGAAACAAAUGAUUACAACAAAGAGCAAGAACCUGAAACAAAAGCAGUAAUGGAUUGGAUUGCACGUAUUCCAUUUGUACUCUCUGCUAACUUUCAUGGAGGAGCAUUAGUAGCAAAUUAUCCGUACGAUAAUGAACCACAGUAUGCAUCUGAUGCUGAAAAUCUAAGUCCAGAUGAUAAAGUUUUCAAAGCGUUAGCAUUGGCAUACUCAAAUGCUCAUCCUCUUAUGCAUCUUGGAGAACCAUGUCCUCCACUUCCGAACGAACGAUUAAAUUUUCAAAAUGUCUUAGAGAAGAGUUUUCCAAAUGGUAUAACUAAUGGAGCUGCAUGGUAUUCUGUUAGCGGAGGCAUGCAAGAUUAUAAUUAUGUACAUAGUAACGAUUUUGAAAUCACUGUAGAAGUAGGUUGUACAAAAUUCCCAAAUGCAACUGAACUACCAAAAUAUUGGUUGCAAAACAGAGAACCUCUUCUACGUCUUAUUGAAAUGUCUCGUAAAGGUAUACAUGGUGUAGUACGUUCUUCUAUUGGUAGUCCUAUACCACAUGCUAAAAUAUCUGUGGAAGGAAUUAAACACGACAUUUAUGCAGCUGAUGGUGGAGAUUAUUGGCGUCUGUUGGUUCCAGGAAAAUAUAAUGUAACAGCUAGUGCAGUAGGAUAUGAAGCUCAAACACAAAGCAUAACAGUACCAGAUACUGCUGAUAUUGGAGAAGAACGAACCGUGGAUUUUACGCUAAUGAGGGAUGAUCCUCAACAUUGGUCUUCUGCGUAUGAUUUUCGAUUAAUAGCAAAUUUACAAAAUGUUUAUUUGAAAAACACUGAAUUAAGUGCUAGGCUUAGUCAAUUAGAAAGUCAUCAACCCAACGUUGCAGAAUUUCAAGCUGGAGAAUCAUUAGUUAGCAUGGCUAUUCAUUCUCUAAAAAUUACACAUAAUAUGGGUGGACCAGAAGAGAACAAGUUUCAUAUUGGUUUAAUUGGAGGACUAUUUGCUUCUCAACCAGUGGGUAGAGAAAUGUUAUUACGUUUAGCAACUCAUAUUCUUAUGGGAAAUCAAAUUGGAGAUCCUCCAAUACAAAGGAUAUUAAAUAAUUCUGUUUUACAUUUUAUUCCUGGUGUUGAUCCUGGUUUUGAUAAUAUAUUAAAUAUUCAAGAGUGCAAUCCUAUUGUGUAUGAUGAAGUAGGAACAAGAUUAUUACAAAAGGAUAAUACUAAUCCUGACAGAUUGAAUAUAGUUGCUAGUGCAUUUAAAACAAUGUUAUCUAAUGAAAAAUAUGAUGUAAUAAUUAUAUUAGGAAGUGGUACGCUUAAAAUCAGUUAUACAGAUAAUAAUUUAAAUGUGUAUAAAAUUCUUGCUAAAAAUUAUGAACAAUCAGUACAUAAAGGAACGUGUAGUUUUCUUAAUAACGACGUCAAAGAAGUACAAAACUAUAUUCAAAAGGAAUAUAAUAUACCUGUAAUAAGUAUCAAUUUGUCUUGCUGCAAGUAUCCACCUGCAGAGUCUAUUCCAACUAUUUGGCGUGAAAACUUACUACCCUUGAUGCAACUUAUUCGUAGUCUUACAACCGGCAUUCGUGCAAUGGUAACAGAUAUAAAUAACGUUCCUCUGAGAAAUGCUGUCAUUAAAGUUGGAACGCAAAGUUAUCAUGUUUCAAAGAAUAUGGCUUAUUUCAAAAUUCUUCUUCUUCCCGGUGAAUAUUUAUUAAGGAUCUCUUGUGAAGAUUAUAUUGAACAAUCAAUAAAAGUUCACGUAAAUAAUGAGAAUAUAUUUGAUACUCACGUUAAAAUGAUAAAACAUCGAACGAAGGAAAUAGAACUUCAAAAAUAUGAUGAAGACCGAAAACCAAAUAUCGUAAACCAAGUGUUAACUGAUUUGAAUAAUAAGUAUUCACAAUUAUCAACUUUACAUACAAUAAGUAAAACAGAAGAAGGCAUUCGAAUAAUGUGUUUAGAAAUUGGAAUUGAAAAUAAUUAUAAACGGAUUGGACGGCCAUCAAUAGCUUUUGUUGCCGGUAUUUCAAAUGGUGCACCUGUAACUUCCCAGCUUUUAUUACACUUUGCAACCUAUUUAUUGGAACAUUAUGGGAAAGAUACUAGAAUUACAAAUUACUUGGACAAAUUUACAAUAUUCAUUGCACCAGAUUUAACUCAAAAUACAAAUCACAGUCAAUCUUGUUCUCCAUUUAUUAUAAAUGAUUUACAAUUUCCUAUUGAUAAUACAUUAACUCCGAAUGCAAAUGUAAUAAUUAAUUGGUUUAAACAAAUUAACACUGCAUUAGCAAUAAAUUUUAAUAUUGGAUCACAACAUAUUGAAAUUCCAUUUGCGAGUAAAUAUGGAAAAAUACAUGGAGAAAUAUAUCAAACUGAUGACGAUGAUGUAUUGCAAGAUAUAGCAUUAUCAUAUACAAAAUACAAUAUUCAUAUGACCUCGACAAAUUCAAAGUGCAAUCAUGAUCUACGCAUAAAUACUAAUGGUAUUAUUCAUGGUGGCAUGGGUAUCAGUGGAAAAAGAAAAGAUUCAUUAAUGGAUUAUCUUUAUCUAAAUACAAGCACACUCAUGAUAGAUGCGUAUGUAACUUGUUGCAAUACAGAUGAUGCAAAAAAUAUAUGGGAGAACAACAAAGCUAGCCUGUUAGCAAUGGUAGAAAAACUUAACGAAGGGGUAAAAGGAUACGUUCUAAAUAAAAAUAAUGAGCCCAUUGAAAAUGCUAUUUUAUCGUACAACAAAUCAAUACAUCAUGUAAGAAAUGGAUUAAAUGGUGCUUAUUGGUUAUUACUUCAACCUGGUACACAUGUUAUAAGUGCUAGUGCACCAGGAUACAUUCAACAAAAUAAGAUAUUCAUCACGCCAGAUGUACACGACAUUUCGUACUUAAUUUUUAAAUUAGGAUAUAAUGACAAAUUUAUGGGAAUGCCCAGAAUCGUUUUUAUUAUUCUUAUAAGUACUAUAUGUUUGGGAAUUAUUACAUGUAUUGUGUUCAUUUGGGCAAAUUGUCGGUCUUCCAAAAAUGUAGAAACAAAAAAUUGGAAUGGAUAUGCAUUUAGCUUACUUAGAGAUGGUACAAGCUUUUUUGAUGAUGAUGAAAAAGAAAUUGAAAUAUUUAGAAGACCAACAAAUGGAUAUAUGCCAACUACUGAAGUCACAAAACCAUAUUUUGAUGAUGAUAACAUAUCAAGUUCUGAUGAAGCUAGUGAUUUAGAAUUUAUUAAACCAAGUAAAGAGUGGAAUGAGGAGGCAGCUAAAGAAAACAGAUAAUACACUUGCUAAGUGAUAAUUUUAAUAUUAUUUUUUUAAUUAUACACAGAAUAUAAAAUUUAAGAAAACAAUUGGCUGCCAUAGUUAAUUACAUUUCUAUAUCAUAUUAAGAAUUUUUUGUAGAUAUCUAUGAUUUAGAAUUUGUUCUUUAUAAAUUGGAUAUUUGAAACAUAUCUUUUUAUAGUAUUAAGUAUACAUAUAGAUAUAUGUAUAACAUUUGGAUACGUAUUAAACUAAUCAUAAAUGA